CUCCUGUGCGCAAACACCUCCAACCCGAGCCCAUCUCCCCCUUAAAUGAGCGAAUCCUAGGUGGCGUGACGUCAUCCAGCGGAGUGGAGGCUGGUACUUGGACUGCUUGUGUGUCCUGCGGCCAGAGAGGGAGCUCACUCAGCCUGCUGGUUACACUGUGGUCCUCGGAGUGAGUAACAGCGAGUGCAGAUCAGGGGCACCCCGGCGCUGAGCACCGCUGUGUAUCCCGGGCCGGCAGUGAGUGCGGCGCUGGACCUGCCUGUCUCAUCCAGUCCGUGAGUGCGGUUUCCGGCAAAUCCCAAAAACUCUGAGUGAGUGAGGUUGUGAAGGUAUAUGAGUGGGCGCUGAGCUCGGCGCUGUGCAUUCUAGAGCAUCAUGGCAGCUCUGUGCGACUCCAUGAGCGGAUAUAUGAACCAGUCGGACCCGGGCUCCAACAGCGAGCGAAGCACCGAUUCACCGUUACCCGGCUCUGAGGAUGACUCUCCCGGCCCAGCCGUCCCACAGGACCCCGAGUGGGGAGAAGAGAGAUUCCGAGUGGACAGGAAGAAGCUGGAAACAAUGUUACAAGCUGCUGCAGAAGGAAAGGGCAAAAGUGGUGAAGAUUUCUUUCAGAAGAUUAUGGAAGAAACAAAUACUCAGAUUGCUUGGCCGUCCAAACUGAAGAUUGGAGCAAAGUCAAAAAAAGAUCCACAUAUUAAAGUUUCUGGCAAGAAGGAAAACGUCAAGGAAGCCAAGGAGAAGAUAAUGUCUGUUUUGGACACAAAGAGUAACCGGGUCACGUUAAAGAUGGAUGUUUCCCACACUGAACAUUCCCAUGUCAUAGGCAAAGGUGGCAAUAACAUAAAGAAAGUGAUGGAGGAAACUGGCUGCCACAUUCAUUUUCCAGACUCAAACAGAAAUAAUCAAGCUGAAAAAAGCAACCAGGUGUCCAUUGCAGGUCAGCCAGCUGGUGUGGAGUCUGCAAGAGUAAGAAUAAGGGAGCUGCUCCCCUUGGUUUUGAUGUUUGAGUUACCGAUUGCUGGAAUUCUACAACCAAUUCCAGAUCCAAACUCUCCCACCAUCCAACACAUAUCCCAGACUUACAAUAUAACCGUUUCCUUCAAACAACGCUCAAGGGUGUAUGGUGCUACUGUAAUUGUAAGGGGAUCCCAAAACAACACAAGUGCUGUGAAGGAAGGUACGGCGCUGUUGCUCGAACACCUCGCUGGCAGCCUGGCCAAUGCCAUUCCCGUCAGUACGCAACUAGACAUCGCUGCUCAGCAUCACCUUUUUAUGAUGGGACGCAAUGGUGGCAACAUUAAACAGAUCAUGCAAAGAACAGGUGCUCAGAUCCAGUUUCCAGAUCCAAAUAACCCACUAAAGAAAUCCACCGUCUACCUCCAAGGCACCAUUGAAUCGGUUUGUCUUGCCAGACAAUAUCUCAUGGGAUGUCUUCCACUUGUUUUGAUGUUUGACAUGAAGGAAGAGAUUGAAGUAGAGCCACAGUAUAUAACACAACUCAUGGAACAACUGGAUGUCUUCAUCAGCAUUAAACCAAAGCCAAAACAACCGAGCAAAUCUGUGAUUGUAAAAAGUGUGGAACGCAAUGCCUUAAAUAUGUAUGAAGCUAGAAAGUGCCUUCUUGGACUGGACAGUAGCGGGGUUACAAUGACGAGCCCGACCACGGUACCCUGUCCGAUGCCGUAUCAUGGGCUGGAUAUCUUGACUGCAGGUUUAGGACUAACCGGAUUAGGUCUCUUGGGUCCCAAUGCCCUGUCUGUUAAUUCAUCUACAGCACAAAACUGUUUGCUGAAUGCCUUAAACAAUUCCAUCAGCACGCUACAUAGUCCGACUUCUGCUCCUAGUCCAACGUUAUGGGCAGCGUCGUUAGCCAACACCUCGAGUGCUGCAGGGUUUUCAGCUAUACCCCACCUGAUGAUGCCAUCUGCGGCUCAAGCUACAUUAACCAAUUUCCUACUAUCUGGGCUUCCCAAUUAUGGGCAAAACACACCGUCCCCGCCGCCUGGUCUAACGCCCGUGGACGUCCAUAUGAAUGGACAAGAGGGCAAGAAAAUUACAUCGGCAUUAAAUGGUCAUGUAAAGCCAACAAACAUGAAGUAUGGGACAAUAUCAUCAUCAUCUCUAGGGGACAAAGUUAUGAACCCAAAUCUCCCUGACUCGUCAAGGCAGUCCAGCAGCCACGGCUCACCGGAGCAAGUGAAUGCCAAAUCUGAUUCAGAAGGUGGUAAUGAUGCUUUUGUCGAAGUGGGUAUGCCGAGGAGUCCAUCUCAUUCUGCAAAUACUAAUGAUCUGAAACAGAUGUUAAGCUCUGCCAAGGUUCCCUGCGCAAAGAGACAAACAGUAGAGUUAUUACAAGGCACCAAGAAUUCCCACUUACACACAACAGAAAGAUUGCUUUCGGAUUCUGAGAUGAGCUCUUCUGAAGGACCGGUCACGGAUAAAAAGGCCCCUGGAAGUGAACGGGCAGCAGAGAGAGCUGCAGCCGCUCAACAAAACUCUGAGAGGGCAUAUGAUUAUGAACAGAAAAAGCUAUUGGCAACAAAAGCAAUGUUAAAGAAACCUGUCGUGACGGAAGUGAGAACUCCAACAAAUACUUGGAGCGGACUGGGUUUCUCCAAAUCUAUGCCAGCAGAAACAAUAAAGGAACUAAGACGUGCCAACCAUGUGUCUUAUAAGCCAACAAUGAGUACCACAUAUGAGACACCUAUGUCUUUGUCACGGUCAAAUAGUCGAGAACAGCUGGGAAAUGGCAGUGAAUCUGAGAAUUGGAGGGAAAGAAAUGGCAUGGAGUCAUCUCAUAACGACUACUCCUCAUCCAUUGGAAGUCCCAAGCGAAAGCAAAACAAAUCUGCAGAACACUAUCUCAGCAGCAGUAAUUACAUGGACUGCAUUUCCUCGCUGACUGGAAGCAACGGUUGCAAUCUAAACAGUUCAUUUAAGGGUUCUGAUCUUCCAGAGCUAUUCAGCAAACUUGGACUGGGGAAAUACACGGAUAUCUUCCAACAGCAAGAGAUUGACCUUCAGAUGUUCCUUACGCUGACUGAUCAAGAUUUAAAGGAACUUGGUAUUACAACAUUUGGAGCUAGAAGAAAAAUGUUGUUGGCUAUCUCAGAGUUAAAUAAGAAUCGAAGAAAACUUUUUGAACCAACAAAUAUACGUUCCUCUUUCCUGGAGGGUGGUGCCAGUGGAAGACUGCCACGCCAGUAUCACACAGACAUUGCUAGUGUCAGUGGCCGCUGGUAGCGAUGGGCAAAAUCACUUGACAGUAAGCGCUGGAAACCUUCUAAGAACCAAGGCUGACCUGAUGCAUGCAUUGCUUCAUAUGAUUCUUACCAUCAGCACUUUAAAGCCAAGGUACCACGGACCAAAGCAUUAUGCUCACAAACACUUGUGUUGCUAUUCCAAAAGCCAAAAGUGGAUUAUAUUUCGUAUGCCUUCGUCGACUGGACCGAAAUUGCAAUUGCAAAAAAAAUGAUUUUAUGUUUUAGUAUUUUAUUAUGUAUAACUAUUAUGUAUGCACUGAAAUUUUUACCUUAAAUGAAGAAUUAAUCUCUCAGAUAUCAGAGGGCAUGACUUAAUGGAUUUUAUUGUGAAGGAAUUCUCUAGUAUUCAGAAUAAUCAAGUUUCUGCACUUUACACUCGCCCACAUUUUGUCUCCUGUGGAAAGGUAGUGUUCUUCUCCUGUAAACUCAACUUACUGACACUAAUUACUCAUAUCCCUGUGCCUUUUAACUAACCACAACUCCAUCGUCCAUAUAUAUAUUAUAAGGUAUUUUAACUAUGCAGACUUUAUGCUGGAACCAUAUGACAAGGAAUUUUGUUACUGGUAGAUGAGUUUUGGUUUUUUUUUUUUU